AUCUUUAAUCAAAAGUCUACAGUUUGUCAUUUUAAUUUCAAUUUAAUACAUUUUUAAAAGAGUUUUCUUUUUCUGUGUAGCAGAUGUAAUUUUGUCUAACAGAAGUUCGACUGUAUUUGCAUUUUACUGGCCAGACUGUUGCUUCUUUGUGGCGACACGCGUCGCUGUUCAGAUGAGUCACAAUUAAAAGGCUUGGCCCCAAACCAGAGGCCCAGACGGAGGCACAGGUCCCAAGUCCCCGGUUCCCGAUUCCCGGGUCCCUAAUCCCAAGUCCGAGCUCCUCUGCGUGUGGGCACCCGUCUCCGUGUUUGUGUUCGAUUCUUAGCCGCAAAACAGUGGAAACCGCAAAUGACAGACACGACGGAAGAGUGAAAAACUCAAAAUGAAAAUUAAACAAAAACGGAGACACCCAGACAAGUGCAGGGGGUGGGGGUUGGGCGGACCAAAGAGGGAUUUCGUAAUGGCAUUUAAUGGCAGGCACACAGUUUCGUUUCCCCACCGAACGAAUCUAGAUACUUGGCUGCCAGAUACCCGUACAUAACGUCAUCAGUUGAUUUUCCAUGAGGCGCCAAACGAAGCGUGCAACCGAAAAAAGCGAAAAUAGUGAAAAACGGCAGACAAAAGUAACAAAUAAAACGAAUAGAGCGAGAACUGCAGGCGCAAUAGAGUAGAGAUUGUUUAUUGUAUUUCGACGCGUACGGGUAUCUGGUGAACUGGAUAGCUGGAUAGGUGGAUAGCUAGAUAGUGGUGCAUCGAUGGUCCGUCUAUAAAUAGGACAACUCUACAGCGGGUUCGCAGCGGGGGAGGUGUUUUCCGUACGACGAGCAGCCGAUAAUCCGGGAAUAUGUACAUUCAGUUGCACUCCGGUCGUGUCCCGCGCUUGACUCCCAAUCGAAGAUAUUCAUCCCAUGCAUCCCAUGGGUAGCGACUGUGCAUGUGAUCUUAUAAAAAUGUGUUAUCCACUUUUGACAGCAAACUGUUAAUUUGUAAGGCAAAAUUCAGUGUGGUGUGUGUGCAGUCGGUGGAUAUGCCAGAUGAUACAGCUGACUGUUCAGAUCCAGAUCGGAGAGAAGCCACAAUAAAGCCCGGGCGCGAAAUCAAACGAUCGCCAGCAUCACAAGCACUCGACGCACAUUAACGCAAAACGCUUCAAAUCAACACAAAAUACAAAAUACAAAAUACAAAACGGCAAGAAUAAUACCAGCCAAUACAAGCCAUGGAUACAAAGCCAACUACUAAGCGGGCCGAAAUUGAUCAGUUUUUGUUGGAUGUCCGCGCCCAUUUCCGAGCCUCGCUGGAGACCUCGGAGUACGAGAACGCCUCCAAUCUCUUCCACAUGACGGCCGCCGAGCAGACCGCCGCACUUCUCGCCCGCUGCGAGAUUCUGCUGGCGGCAUCUGGAUCUGGAUCGGGAUCGGGACUGGGACUAGGAUACACAGACGAGCAGGCGGCGGGCAACCAACGGACCAGCCUGGUGGACUGCGUCGACAGCAAGGUGGGCGGGGAGACCGGUCCCAGCGGCUAUCUGGAGAUGCUCGCCUCCCCGUCCUCAUCAAAAAACUCGCUGUCCGCCUCGCGGGAAUACAUUGAUCUGGGCAGCAGCGGGUCCCUGGACCGCUGCACCGCCAACCAACCGGUUACGUGCUCGGCGGACAACGAGCCCCACCAGCAGCUCUACGAGAUCUGUCAGGGUCAGGGCCAGACCCUGGGCCAGAGCCACGGACAGGGGCAGGGAACGGGUCAGGAGGAGGACGAGUCCCAACAGGCGAUAACCUUCACCCACGAGCUGAUCAUUGACUGUCCGUACGCGGACCUGCCCGCCGGUCACCUGGCCCUGCAGCGGUCCACCAAGUACGGACAGCUGCAGCGGAUCGUACCGAAGCGGCUGUUCUUCGACCAGACCAGGAAGUGCUACUGCGGCAUCCUCAACGACUGGAUGCUGUGCUACGCGGACGGGCCGACCGCCUGCCGACCCAGCAGCAGCCUCUACCUGAAGAGCUCCUCCAUCGAGAUCGAGCACUUCGGGGAGGGCAAGCGGCGCGACGUCUGCUUCCAGAUCACCACCGACGACCCCAACAAGAAGUUCGUGUACCAGGCCAGCAACGAGGUCGAUGCCAAAGAGUGGAUACACGCCAUCGAGGCGGCCAUCCGCGGGGACGUCGCUGCCCAUCCGAUGCCUCCCCUGAAGAGUCCUCCACCCCGAAAACUGCCCACUCCGCCGGUCCAGAAGAAGUCCACCUACACGACGGCGGACAUCAUCUACGAGGAGCCGUCGCCCAUCUACGGCCUGAUGGACUCUUCGGUCAUGGUGCUGCCCAAGCUGCCGGAGAAGAACAACAGUCCCAAUGCCCUGGCCCGCCGCUUCGAGUACGAUGUGCCCAAGUGUCCGGCCCAGCCUCUGCAGGACACCGCCGUCGGAGUGGCCUCCAUGGGCGGGGAGGUGGAGUCCUCCAUGGGGCUGCUCCAUGAGGCCGACCUGAAGGUACAGCCGCUGCCCUCCAGCCUGCAUGGCCACAUGUCGCUGGACUUCCAGGCCAGGGUUAAGACCGUGCACAGUGAGCUCUCCACUCAGCUGUCGCCCGGUGGUCCGAGUCCGGACCGCCUGAAGAAGGCCGUGAAGAAGAGCUACACGAAUGGCGGCGAGGCGGAGAUGUUGUCGCCGCUGACCAGCCCCGCCCACACGCCCACCAAGGAGCAGAAGAAGCAGCGCAAGUCGCCGACCAUGCCGUCGACGAGUCCGGCCAGCAAGGACUGUGAUAAGCUCGCCCGGAACUGGUUCCUCAGUCGCCUCAACAAGAGCACCGGACCGAAGACGCCCAGCACGGGUGGGGGCUCACCCAGCAACGCUCGGUGCAAGCAGAGCGAGAAGGAGAACCUGCUGACGGACGGCGAACUGGGCGAGGGCUACGACGCGAGUCCGGGCGAACGCGAUCCGGGCCUGCUCGGCAGCCCGCCCACGUCGCCGUCGUGCCUGAAGGCGGAGGCCAAGAGCAAGGUGAACAUGAUCAUCAACCAGUUCGAGAGCAGCGGCCACCUGUCCACCAUGUUCAGCGUGGAGGCGCUGGCCGCCAACGCACUCGCCUCGCUGACGUCCUUCUGCGAGAGCGAUGGCUGCAACAACUACGAGCCAAUCAUGCCCCUGGCCACCACUCCCAGCAGCUUCCUGAAGAAGGUGUGACUGCCGCACCUCCGUCAUCCGUCAACUAUCAGCUAUCAAACAUCCAACUUCUGGCAUCCUGGAGAGCCCGCUCGUCUCUGUAUUGUAGAUUUAGUCCUUAAGCUAGUGAAACCACUCUCCGGAUGUCACAUAAACUUUGACAUAAAAUUUUAAUAUCAAAACAUAA